GACUUGUCUCCCCACCGCGAUCACCACAAAGUACUACCGUUUAAUUCUGUGGUAUCCUACUCUCUUAACUUUGUGAUACGACACGCGACAAGUACAUCAUACGGCAGUUGAUACAAAGCUGUUUUUGCUAAUCAGGGACUUUCACCACACACGAAUACCAUAAGCAUGAGCUCUCGAGGCGGAAGGCAAUCAAUGUCGGAGCUACGGUAUCGUCGGCUGCUGGAGCAUAACCAGCGCCUUCGAGAAGACUUGGCAAGGCCAAGAAUCCGGGUCAGUGAAGCAGCCGCUAGUUUAAUCCGCUACUGCAAGACGACGAAAGACCAUCUCGUUCCGUCCGUGUGGGGUCCAGUCACUAAGGCAGACGACGUAUACGGCCAACAAAAGACUGGAGGCGGUUGUUGUUCGAUACAAUAGCCUGGACGGUUCUGCGAAUGUUCGUUCGCCCAUUUGCCCGUCUAUAUGUUAGCGCCCAACACAGUUCUCGUUUAUACCGCUGCAUUACGAUGUGGACCCCACUGCUUUAUUGACCCCGGUAGUUCGUUUUCACCUCCUACGUGUACCUAUAUUGAACCUUUCAUUAACUCGUUGUAACAAACACUACACCGCUUUCGAUGUUUUGAUACAUUUUUUUGGAACCAGAGAGGUUUCGAAUAUAUACAAUCAUAUUCAU